GUGAUAGUGUCAGGGAGGAAGAGAAAAAAGUGCUGAUCGCCGUCGUAGUCUGAGCUGGGGAGGAAAAAAAGUCACGAAAAACGCAGUCUGGUUGCAGUAAUUUCUAUUUUUCACCACCUUUCUCCGGCUCGAUCCCGUAUUUUCCGUGGGGCCCAGCUUCGUUCGCGUCGGCUUGCAGUUACGGGGCCAAGUGGCUUCGUUCGAUUUGCUUGGCGUAAACAAAAAACGAGCUUUUCAAUUUUUGACUUCUUUUUUACCUGGGAGGAGUCUGUGCGGAAAAAAAGGACCCCUCUUUUUCGUCGAUUUGCCUUGGGAACCUGCGCUAGGAGAAACAGAGCGCGGCAGAAUGUUGGCCCUCAUCAACCGGAUCCUGGACUGGUUCAAGAGCCUGUUCUGGAAGGAGGAAAUGGAACUGACCCUGGUCGGGCUGCAGUACUCCGGGAAGACCACCUUUGUUAACGUUAUUGCCUCGGGCCAGUUCUGCGAGGACAUGAUCCCGACGGUGGGCUUCAACAUGCGCAAGGUGACGAAGGGCAACGUCACGAUCAAGGUGUGGGACAUCGGCGGCCAGCCGCGCUUCCGGUCGAUGUGGGAGCGGUACUGCCGCGGGGUGAACGCGAUUGUCUACAUGGUGGAUGCGGCCGAUUUGGACAAGAUGGAAGCGUCCCGGAACGAGCUGCACUCGCUGCUGGACAAGCCCCAGCUGGUCGGCAUUCCGGUGCUGGUGCUCGGCAACAAGCGGGACAUUUCCGGAGCGUUGGAUGAAACUGGACUGAUUGAGAGAAUGAACCUGUCCAGCAUACAGGACCGGGAGAUUUGCUGCUACAGCAUCUCGUGCAAGGAGAAGGACAACAUUGACAUCACGUUGCAGUGGCUGAUUGCUCACUCCAAGAGCCAAAGUCGUUAACUUUUUUCGGAAACUAAACAAACAAUUGUAAAGAAGGGUGGGCACACGUGCGACUGAUCGGACUGACAAGAGAAAGAAAAAAUAUCCCCAAAUCAUUCAAACCAACCAAGGAAUCCACCAGAAGAGCAACCCCUCCUCACACACACAAAAUAUCUCGGAAAGGCCGAUUCCGAAUCUCAGCAGGAAAGUGCGAUUCGCGUAGAGUUUAGCAAGCGAGCAAAUCGAACGAACUUUUAAGGCAGGAAACAAUAUGAGCAACAUAACUUUUGGGGAUCACAUCGGAUGAAAGAAGAAGUGUGCGCGCGCGCAGAUUAAGCUAGGAGAGAAAAAGAAGUUUGUUUUAAGUUUUACGUUCAUUUUAAUGCAUUAACAAAGAACACGAAUUUGAAUAUCAUGUGAAAGUGAAAUACAGAGUAAAAUCCAAUCAAGAAACGCCAAAAACAAGCCCCCUCACAACAACAAAA